AUGGAUUCCACAAGAAACCAAGACAAAAUAUCCAGUUUACCGGAUUUCAUUCUGGUUCUGAUCAUCUCUACCUUGCCAUUGAACGAAGCUGUGAAGACAAGUGUCCUCUCGAAGCGCUGGAAGAAUCUUUAUCGUAAAUCGAUUACGAACGACAUCGUUUUCAAAGAGUCGGACUUUGUGACAUGUUACGCUUCAAACGAUGAAGAAACCAAAAGGGUUACUAGGGUUUCUUUCAUUUGCUUCAUGCUUGGAUGGGUUUUGAGACUUUCAGGUAAAGCCAUCGAAAGUUUAGACCUUUCUAUAUCAAAGCUGAUGGGUUUUGAAACACAUCUCAACUCGCUGAUGGAAUUCGCAGUUUCCAAACAAAUCAAGAAUCUAGUUCUUGAUUUCUCAGACCCUUCGUGGACUACCAAUAAUGAAGCAAGUGUGGUUCAGUUGCCUGAAUGCGUUUAUAAUCUAAUAAACCUUGAGUCAUUGAAGCUAUUCGCUUGCGGGUUUGAUCCAUCAAGGCUCACAAACCCGGGUUCGCUAAAAGUUCUCUGUUUUGGUUGGAUCCAACUCAAAGAAAUCAUGUCUUUGAUAUCAACAACUCCUAUGCUCGAGAGUCUAAGCAUUCAAAAUUGCUGGGACGUUGGUCUGGAAAUGAUAACCGAAUAUAACAACCGGUUAAGAGAAUUGGUAUUCGAGAAUUGCGGUUUCUCUGUGCCUUAUUCAACUCUCGAACUGCCCAAUAUUCUGAUCUUCAAGUACUCUGGAAAAGUUCAUUACUUUCAGUUCUUGAGCGUGAAUAGGUGUUGA